AUGCAGUACGUGUGGGCAGUCACAACUACAGCAGCCAGCACUACAGAUGUUCCCACGCCUAUUGUUGUAACAACUUCAGCAGCCAGCACUGCAGAUGUUCCCACGCCUAUUGUUGUAACAACUACAGCAGCCAGCACUGCAGAUGUUCCCACACCUAUUGUUGUAACAACUACAGCAGCCAGCACUGCAGAUGUUCCCACACCUAUUGUUGUAACAACUACAGCAGCCAGCACUGCAGAUGUUCCCACACCUAUUGUUGUAACAACUUCAGCAGCCAGCACUGCAGAUGUUCCCACGCCUAUUGUUGUAACAACUUCAGCAGCCAGCACUACAGAUGUUCCCAUGCCUAUUGUUGUAACAACUACAGCAGCCAGCACUGCAGAUGUUCCCACACCUAUUGUUGUAACACCUACAGCAGGUGACACCAGCGUGACACCAACCGAUGCUACAGAUGAUUCAACGGAGACCUCUACAAUCAGCAAUGCCACAACGGGAAACAACAUGACAGAUGAAUUUGCAGCAACGACAAAUGUCACACCCAAUGCAACAAGCAACAGUCCAGGCAUUGUAACGGAUACAACCAAUGUUACAACUGUAGCAACUACAACUGUUACAGAAAACACAACAAUGACGACAGACAUUACAACAGGCAUUACAACAGGCAUUACAACAGGCAUUACAACAGAUACAACCAACAUUACACCAGGUCCUGUAGCAACCACAACAGGCAUUUCAACAGAUACAACCAAUGAUACACCUGUAGCAACUACAACAGAAGAUACAAUGAUAACAGACUCUAGCUCAGGCAUUACAACAGAUACAACCAAUGUUACACCUACGACAACUACAACAGAAGAUACAACAAUGACAACAGACAAUACCAUAGGAAUUACAACAGAUACAACCGGCAUUUCCAAUACAUCCGUGACGACUUCACCAAUAACCACAACUUUGACAACAGCCAGUCAUAUGAACUCAAUGAACGCAAGUACAACAACGACAACAGAAAGCAUUAUAAAGUCUACAACGGCUGCAAAUACAACUGUAGCCACUACUAUGGCAAGCACAACAAUGACAACAGAAAACACUACAACUGUAAACUCUACAACGGAUGCAAAUUCAACUGCAAUGACUACAGCAGCAAGCAUGACAGUGACCACAGAAAGCAAUACGAACUCUACAAUGGGUGCAAAUCCAACUGUAGCCACUAUAGCAGCAAGCACAACUGCUACAACAACCAGUACUGUGCAAACUUCAACAUCUCUGCCUACAACCACCACAGGAGAAGACACCACUAUGGUUGAAGCUAGUACAUACAGUACUACACAGUUGCCUUCAAUAGCAUCAACAAUGAUGACCACUUCAGCAGUAACAGAUAAGGUAACAACAGUCAGUUCAACUGAAACUAUAGAGCCUUCAACUCAAAUCUCUACCAUUGAGACCACAGAAACCUCAACUCAGACCUCAGCAAUUGUAACCACAGUGCUCCCGAAUCCAACAACUACUGAUGACAUGCAAGCAUCCACACAAGGAACUACAGGAGUACAGAGUACAACAAGUUCUGUCACCACAACUCAGACUACCAAGGCUACAGAGCUGCAAACCACAGAGCUGCAAACCACAGAGCUGCAAACCACAGAGCUGCAAACCACAGAGCUGCAAACUACAGAGCUGCAAACUACAGAGCUGCAAACUACAGAGCCGCCAACUACAGAGCCGCCAACUACAGAACCGCCAAGUACAGAACUGCCAACUACAGAGCCACAAACUACACAGUCACAAACAACACAGCCACAAACUACUGAGGACACAGAACCUUCUACACACAAAACUACAGAAACACAAAUAGCAGCAAUUGCUGGAGGUUCUGUAGCAGCAGUGGCAGUUGUGGUCAUAGCAGUCGGUCUUGGAAUCUUCUGUUAUAGGAGACAAAACGGCAUUGGCAAAAACAGGUAA